AUGUUUCCUUUUGCCACCCAACUUUCCAUUUCUUUGAACCAAAAAAAAAGCAAAAAACUUUCCAUUUCUGAGUUUCUCCAUCAAACUAAACUCUAAAAGUUAAAACCCAGUUCUCCAAUUUCACUCAAUUUUGUAGAUUUUUAAAGAAUCUUUCAGUUUCUUAUCCCCAAAUCUAUCUGGGUUUAUAGAAAAGUAAAUAAAAAUCGAAUCUUUCUCAGCUGUGUUCUCCUCCAUCGCAUCAGAUAAACAAUCUCUGUAAGGAUUUUCCAUGGAUUCAAUGAAUAAGACUGAUCAUGCACCAGAAACACCAACACUUAAAAUCAAGGCGUUCUUUGAAUCAGCUCCACCACUAAAAGAUGCUGCUGAAAUAGAGACAAAAUUGAAGGAAUUUGUAGACCAGAAUUCAUCAUCAGGGAAUGGAAAAGCAAACAGGGUGGUGUGUGUGACUUCUGGCGGUACAACUGUUCCUUUGGAGAAACGAUGUGUUCGUUAUAUUGAUAACUUUAGCUCUGGUCAUAGAGGAUCUGCUUCCACAGAGUACUUUUUGAAGGCUGGUUAUUCUGUCAUCUUUCUGUAUCGUAGGGGAACCUGCCAGCCAUUUUGCAGAUCACUGCCUGACGAUCCAUUGCUCGAGUGUUUUACUUCAACUGAUGAUUCAAGUAUUCAAGUGGACCCAUCUCAUGCUGAAGUGGUGAAGAGAGCCAUUGCUGAAAAUCGUUCUGCAGUUAAUGGCGGUUUCCUGCUGAAAUUACCGUUUACAACAAUUUUUGAAUAUUUACAGAUUCUUCGGAUGAUAGCUGUCUCUUUAAGGAGCCUUGGUCCUAGUGCUAUGUUCUAUCUUGCAGCUGCAGUUUCUGAUUUCUAUGUACCGUGGGAGAGCAUGACGAUGCAUAAGAUCCAGUCAGGAUCUGGUCCUUUGGACAUGCGGCUUGCUCAAGUACCGAAGAUGCUUUAUGUGCUUAGAAAUGAGUGGGCACCUGUGGCUUUCUGCAUAUCUUUCAAGCUGGAGACAGACACAGAUAUCCUUUUAGGGAAGGCUGAUAUGGCCCUCAAAAAGUACAAGAUGCAUAUGGUGGUAGCUAAUGAACUUCAAACUCGUAAAGAGGAAGUUAUAGUUGUCACAGAGCAGGAAAAAAUCACAGUUCGUAGAGACACAACUCAGCCUGGGGCUGAUGUCGAAGAUCCAUUGAUUAAGCUUGUUGUGGACAGACAUUCAGCAUACAUCGAUGCAUGAUCUCUUGAGGACUGACCAACGAUAGUUUUGCGGAUUUGUGAACCUGACUUCUUUGAGGAUUGUAUUACAUCUGUGCAACAAUUAUGUAACCAGCUAUUUUAAAGGAGAUAAACCCUUCCACCCCACUUAACCAACUACCACAGGCUCUCUUGAAAGAAGUAAAAGAAAGAGGGUGCCUUUUAGUUGUUCCAAUUGAUGAGUCUUUUUUUUUUGUUGUUGUUGUUUUCUUGUUGAAGAAUAAGUUUUGUGCACGAAAAAGGCGCUGAAUAAAUUAGUAAGAUAUGUUCUUCAGUGUUGGCUCUGA